AACGUGAAAUUGCCAAAAAUUUCAAGGCCAAGGAGAGGCCGUUGUGAACCGAAAGCUUUCUAAAUUACGUGCCAUUUGAACCACAACGGGCUGUAUUGAGCUGUUGUGUGAAAACAUGUCGAACAUCGUUGGGUUUCUAUCUACAACAAAAACUGCAAAGGAAUACGGAACUAAAUUGCCUUUUUCGGCAGGUUUCAUAUUUCUGCUUCUAGAUAGUUUUUCAGAGGAUCCAUCUCACUUUUCCAAUCAUACAAUUUUUGUUGCUUCGUAAUCCAAUGUGUUUGGAUGAUUUCGUUUAAACCCCAAUCAAGUAUUGAUUCGACAGAUGUAUACACACGCACACAUGCACACUCGACUUUGUUUGACGUGCAAGGCAAACGUAAACAAACCGUUUUGACCAACAGAAGAAGAAUCCGUUCCAACGUUCAACAGUCGAAAGAAUUACUGAACUAAAUGCAAAUUUGCAGCGGUUCUACAUCAGUGCAAUUGUUUCAAACUAAAGCCGCGUACAAUUAUUGUUAGAUGAUGCACAACACACAAAGUUCACACUAGUUGUGAUCUGUUUAUGAAUGCUCCCACAGAACGGGGUUCCGGUACCGUUGAUCCGAAGCAUCAACAAGAAGAAGAAGAAGAAGUCUGACUCAACGAUGGUGAUAUCAGCUGUUUUCAAUACGCAGCCCAGAACGAUUCUCGUCGCAGUCGCGAUCCCAAACUAGCUCGGGACAUCAAGCGUGUGCAAGCAGCGGUAGUGAGCGACUGUACGCUAGAAUUAUGUGUGCGAUAGUUCGUGAAGAUGGAACACUUUAACGAAUAUUGGGAACUGUUUGUGGACAGAAAAGAUUCGAUUGCCAAAGAAAUUAUUGCGUACUACAAAACGCUGGACGACCACGAAGAUGGAACCGAACUGUCCGAACAAUGUCGCCGAUUUUUUCGCAAAAAUAUGACCCACAGCCCAUACCCAACAUGUCAGCUGCUGAAACUGUUGGCCAUGUCGAAAAUCGCGACCAAAAACGCCGUCAUUCACGAUGUCACCACGGCAGCCGUGCUGGAGGCGUUCGAGCAGCAGGGGCAGGUUGAUCGGAACAAGUGCUACAACAUCCUGGCGAACAGUGUGAUGCCUGCCAAGGCAACCAAUCGCUUUAAGCUGUGCAUUCUGAAAGCGUUGGAGAGGAACACGGUGGAGCUGGAGCUGUUGAUGCUUGCGCUAUUUGCAAGGAAAAGUGUCAAGUUGAUCGUGCAUCUGCUUCCCGAGCUGGUGGGCCCGCUGCAACAGCAACAGGCUUGGGCUGCACUCGAUAAGAAGCAGCACUUUGUCAUCGAGUUGCUGCAAAGCAGUGCAAAUCCACCUUACGUGCAUCAGGCCAACUACAUCCGCUUUGUUGAACAGGCUUGGCUGGCAAAUAGUGGCGGCGGUACAUUUUCACCCACCGCCGACGGGCUGGCAUAUUUGUCCAGCCCAGAUAAAUCGUAUCUGACGGCUUACCUGCUGGAGCUACAGCGUUGCUAUCUGAUACAGCAAAAUCUGCACCUCGACGAAGCGCUGCUGCCACCGAAAGAUUUUCCCCAGCACGCAACCGUGCUCGGUAUGAUGCUGCGUGCCAAAGUGGAUUUAAAUGAGACUGAUUUUGCGAAGCUGGCCGCUGUGAUAAGAACGAAUCGGACGCUAAACGAGCAGAUAAUGGCCAUGACUAACGCGGCGACUGAAAUGGGAAACUCCGAACUGAUGGCGCUGUUUCAAGUGCACGCAAUAUUCGCGCUGUACAAAGCAAUAGAAGCGUCCAGUGCGGGGCCGGAAAGCGCUCUGCUUAUCGCCACAAACAAUCUCGACACACAGCUAAAGUGCCUUUUCAAGGAAAUGGACAUGGACACGUUCAUGCAGACGAUAGAAUCGAUCUUCACGAUGCUGUUCGUGCGUGGGGAGCUGAUUUCCGCUGAGCCGCCACCGAGCAUGCCCGAGCGGAAGAAUUUUAUGUGCAGCGUAGCGCUGCUGGCCACCCUAACGUCCAGCAUGAAAUCGAUCAUGAUAACGAGGAAGCAUUCCGCUACCUUCCACGAGGCGAACGGCAAGCUGAAGCAACGCUUUCAAACGCUCUACGAUCUUGUCACCGACGUGUGCUGGCGCUUAUCACUGUUUGACGAGCAUGCGCCUUCCGAAGGCACCCCACUUGACCCGAAAUGCGUCCGCCCGCUUCAUCUCGUCGACAUGUGCCCCGUGCCGACAGCGCUGACGCAUACGAUCGACGCCAGCUACGGCGAACCGUCGUCGUCGUCGGGCAGCGCCAAACUGUUCCGCAGCGUUGAAUCGAUCGCGGCCAUGGACUUUGCCACCGGCCAACGGCAUCGGUACGGGUACUACGGUACACUGCCAAAGCACAAAUCUUCCCGCAGACAAACCCGCCAUCCGCCAGCGGCCACCGUCGCGUCGAGCAACUCGGGCGGCAGCAACAAGGAGCUGCAGCGGCAAGGCUCGCAUUCGGUCGAUACGACGAAAACCGACGAUCGCAACGGUGCGGAACUGGAGCACACCGUUGCCGUUGGUAGCAUGCGCAGCGUUUUGGGGAGCAAGAAAAAUUUCACAAAGCUGUUUGCAACGCCCGAGACGCUAGCCGUGAUGUGCCUUACCAACGGCAGGAUGAGCUUUGCGAAACAAAUUAUCGAGUGCCAUAAUCUGGCCGAUCGGCCCGUCGGCAAGCUUGUGGAACGAAUCGAGCAAAUGCAGCAUCUCAAGCAUGAUUUGGCCGCGUUGAUAAAGAAGACCGAGCGCAAGCAGGAAGCCACGAUGGGGCCGUUCGGUGAAGCGCAAUCGAGCGACAGCAACAGCGACGUUCUGUUGGACGACAUUCGGCUCAAAACGGCCAAGGGAUUUAAAAUCUCGAAGGUGCUGAGUACGCUGGAAACGUUUCUAAAGUCGCAAACGGCGUGCACGGAGGACGAGGUCCUAGCACCGAUGGACCGGUUCGUAUCGCGGUACCCGUUCCUCAGCAUCCUCACCGGCAAGAACCUGCAGCUCAGCCAGGUCGUAGACAUCAUCUUUAACUUACCGUUCAACUACGAGCUGAAUCUCGCUAUCUACAACUUUUUGCUCAAAAACGCACAGCACACAACGAGCAUGGCGUCGAGCAUAGCAAUGUCCACCAGCAUAGCCGGCCACGGGGGCGAAACGUCACGGGCGUUGGUCGGAAAUUACGUCGCCUUCUUUGGCACGAUCAUCGACACGCUUCAGACGGCGCACAAAACGCUACGUUGCUCCAGGGGCAGUUUCACCGACCAGCACCUCACCAUCGCCGAGCUGCUGUCGCGCGAAGUCUGCCCGCUGGACACGAUGGAAAACGGGAUGGUGUGGAAAAGGCGGGCCAGCUUUUACGACACGCUCGAGCGUUGCGACGAGCUGGACUUUGCGACGGACGAACUGGAACGAAUCGGCGGUGCACUGCCGAAGGCCGGCGGUGGGUCCGCAUCGCUGACGAAGGUGAAACAAUAUUUAGAACAUUUGACAAAGUUACUGCUCGCGCUGCAGCCGAACGCAGGUGAGGAGGCCGGCACUGGGCACGGUGAUUCUACCAAAGUAGCAAACCUUAUACGCACGGACGUUCAAAGUCUCAUGGUGGAACGUUUGCUCGAGAAGCGCAUUUCGUUUGGCGCCGGAGACACCAUGUGCGGAAUGUUGGGCAUCAAUCUGGUGCAAACGUUAGGCAGGAGAAUCCUUGGCCCGAAGGAAGAACCGGCCGACGAACGCGAGUUGCGGAAGGUGGACGGUUUGUGGGAAUUUAUCGCCAGCAAAAGUGAGCUCUUGCGCCGCUUAUGUACGAUCGAAAUCGACAGUUCCCGGGACGAUGGCAGCGUAAAGUCACCAAUCCACAACUACGGCAAGCUGGUGCGCACUAGUCAUAAGCAAGAGUUGCCGCUCGGCUGUAGCUAUGUGCGGCCGAACAAUCCGCCGCAAACAGAGCUCUUCCCGCUGGAAUGUGUCCGACCUUGCUGCAUGCUGGAGCAGAAGGAAGGAAAAUACUAUACCAAGGUAGAGUCCGUCAUGCAAGACGCUUCCAUGGAACAGAAGGCCCUCGCGUUACUCGCAAACGUGGAUAGGUUUGCGGUGGCAACUGAAUGGAUAAGCGCAUCCGAGCAUCUGCUGGCAGCUAUUCCCAAGAGCGUCCACGACGACGACCAGUUGGCAAUACUACCCGCCACACGCCAACGGCUGCAGCAGAAGGCAAACGAGCUCCGAACGUACGUGGCGAUUGGGAAAUUUCUUCAGCUUCCCACCGCGGACGCGUGCGAUGGUUGGCAGAACGCGCAGACAUUUUCCGCGGCCAAUAAAAGCCUCAUCCUGCAUCAGCUGAUCGAUCAGGGCGAGUACCGGGUGUGCGCCGAAUGGAUCAAGCUGCACCCGAUCGACGCGGAAAAGGAGCUGGAGAUGUUUAUGUACGCCGUGCACAAGGUGUUGACCGCCGCCAACACCACCACCAUACCACCGCCGGCUCCCGGGGCGACCGAUGCUCCGCCGGACAGCGAUGACGCACCGAUCGCGUGGCUCUUCCGCAUCAUUGAAACGAUGCCGAUCGAAGCCGUGGUGAAGCUGUACGAAACGAUAAUGCUCAACAUCCGGAGCGUGCCGGUGGUUCGGUACAUGCUGGAGUACCUGCGCCGCUACACCACAACGAAACCGCUCUACCAAAGCUAUCAGCUGUCGUUGCAAAUCUUCGAACACUUGUCGCGCGAAGAAUACGACGGGCUGUGGAAUCUGGCCAGCCGUCCGCUGCUCAUAAUCGAGCAGUGUUUGAUGAAUUCGCGGCUCGAGCUACUGUCGGCAGUGAUACGCUCGAUCCGCAGUCUGCUGGUGCCGGAUGUCUGUGCGCACUGUUACGAGCACCGGGAGUACAUUCGCGAUCUCCGGGAUGCUGUGCAGCAACAGACGACGACGCCGCCACUUCGGCGAUAUCCCGUCCACGAUGGGCUUUUCAUUAGCCACGAGUGCGUCGACUGUCUGUUGCGCGUGUAUGCCGGCAAGGCGCUGGAGUACAAAGUGUUCCCAGACGUCGAACCGUCCGGCGACGCAUUGAACGGCGAUCCGACGCACCCGCUGGGAGCGGCAAGCCGUGUGUCGAGCUACGAUUCGCUCAGCGAGGUCGGCCAACCGUUCGUGAUGCCGAAAGAGAUACCGCCGCGCGACCGUUGGGUGAAGGACGAGGAGGCGCUGCACUGCAUGUGCUGUCGGCGAACAUUUUCGAUGCUUAACCGCCGCCACCACUGCCGCCGGUGUGGUCGCGUUGUGUGCCACGCUUGCUCGAAGAAAAAGUUGCGGCUGCAAAGCUUUUACGAGGAUGUUGCCGUGCGAGUGUGUGACGAUUGUUGGCGUGCGCUGGCGGAAACGCAACCAGCGGCGAGCGCACCGGUCGGUCCGAGUGGAGCGCACCCGCGGAUGGCCGACUCCAUCGGCAGUCAGCAGUUCGAGUGGCAGCUGACGGGCAACGAGCGGUACGAUGGCGUGAUCCGCGACGAGUACAGCUACGAGUAUGCGCCGUCCACGAGCCAGUGUCUGGCGAUCUGCAAUCUGCACACACCGAACGAAGAGAUGGCCAGCUUUCUGCUGUAUCACUGUGCCAAGCUGGAGGCGCUGCUGCGUCCGCUCCACCCCGGCAUUCCGAACCCCGAGAUCGAUUACGCGCUCGUAGCUCGCAUGCUGCUGAACCUAACGCUCGGCGUCAAGGUGCGGGGCGGCGGGGCGGAGGUGGAGAAGAUGAAGGAGCACGCCGAAAUCAUUCUCUCGAUCGUGCACGACAACUGCGAAUCGCUGCUGCUGCACACACCGUCCAUGACCAACCAUGGCAGCUUGCGCAAGCUGCGCGACGCGCUCGUGAAGGCGGAAAAGUGGACGCUGGCACUGGAGCUGUCGCUCAAGUGUGGCUUCUCGCUGAACGGCGUGAUGGCCGCCUGGGGGAUGGCCUGCCUGCGAGCCGGCUGUUACGAGACUGCGCGGGAAAAGUUCUCCCACUGUCUGCCGCGCGUCGCGUCCGAGGCCGAAUGUGAGGCGGUGCUGCGUACGAUCGAGCUGCCGGCGAUGAUCGCCACUGCCCGCCAAGUGCCGAUCGUGAAGCGUCCCACCCGAUGUCCUCCACUGCUGAACGAAAUCCUGUACGCUUUAACGUGCACAGCCCGGCUGGGCGCACCGUCCGAGCGUGUGAUCGCCAGGGUGAAUGCGGCAAGACAGGUUGCGGCUGGCACUGCGGCCGCCUCCCACGAACCGACGCUAAACAUUCUCAGCACGCUGGCGAACCUGCGCCACAUCUGUCAGGGUGAGUUCGAUGGCGACAUACCCGGCCCGGGCGCGGAACGGUUGGCGCGCAACGACAGUGCGCCAAUCAUGUGUAGCCGGCUGUUUGAGGAAUCCAUGCACUAUCUGCUCGCGUACGGUUCGCAUCAGAGCGUGGUACAGUUUCUGAUGCGCUACCAGCAGACGGAGGUGGCCUCGCUUCGCUACAUACUGGCGCAGCGCGUCGAGCCGGACGUGUUCCUGCAGACCGUUCUGCUGCCGUACCUGCAGCGCGGCGAGCUGGACACGGUCGUGCAGCGGCUGUCGGACAUCGACGACACGUUGCUCGAGUGGCGUGAGCACCUUCGCUACGUCUGCCGCUAUCUCGAGACGAACGACAUGCUGAACAGCCUGUACAACUUGCAGCUGCUGCUGAAGGACCCGAUACGCGCCAGCAUGACCUGCGUGCGGUUCUACACGCUGGGCUGCCGCACCUUUGCCGAUCUGCACGCGGCCGAGCAUCAUCUCAAAACUAGCGUUUCCCAUCUGCAGAACGAGCUGGAACUCUGCAACUGGCAAGAGGUGCGCCUGAACAGCACCGGGCGAGCCAUCGAAACGCACCACUCGCUGCUGAUGAAGCUCGAUCCGAAGGAGUUGAACAAUCACAUCAACACCAUUCUGCUGCAGCUCGAGGUCACCAAAUUUCUGGCCACUUGUGAAGCGAAAGGACGCCAAACGGUUGCGUUGCUGCCAAAGAUUUUUCGUGAAGCGUCCCAACUGCCAACUCUGUUUGGUUCGAGCCACGAAAGGCUACAGCUCGCCAUACUGACAUUGGUUUGCGGACAAAACGUGGAAGAGGCCUUCGGUCUUUCGUACAGAAUCAUCCAAGACUAUAACCUCGACACGCAGCGAGUGUACGCGCUGACGGCCAAGUAUUUUAUCAACCAUGGCAAAGUUGAGGACGUCGGUAAGCUGCUGGACGUGAUCGUCGGCAACGAGAGCAGCACCGGUGCGUCCGAUCAACCCGCCGUCGUGUCAGCCAUCUGCGACGAGAUUGUGCGAGUUUCGGUGGAUGUUGCCAUUGCCCGCCACGGAACCGGCGUCCAUACGAAGGUCGCGUUGGAAGCAUUGAUUAACCGGGCAAGCUCGGUGGCGGUACGUAUCCAUUGUUACAUUGCGUCUGGUCAGCUGAAGGCGGCCUAUCUGCUGGCAAACCGGCACCAGCGGACGGGUGACAUUCGGAAAAUUUUACGCCAAGCUGAACUGCUCGGUCAGAUGCACGUGAAGCGGUUGUGCGAGGCGCGGCUUAACCAUCAGGAGAGUGCUUCGUAAGUCACCGCCUACUAACAAUAAACAAGUGAUAUAUAUAUAUAUAUACGGAGCAACGGAAUGCAGGUUCGCUCGUGUUAACUAGGCAUACAGUCAUGAGAAUGCUUUACAGCACGUCACAGUCAAAGUGGGACGCUUUAAAGAUUUGACCAUGCGAGGAAGUUUGUAGAGGGUUUCGAUCCACUUUAUGCAACUUUCUGAGUGGCUCGGUUCCAUCGUUUUAACUUCAAUCCCGGUGUGGAAAGUUGCAAUCGGUUAGGGGAAGAUUGUAACUCGACUGUGGAACAUUGCAAUCAGCAUAAUCGCGUUGCUAAUCGCCCCUAACUGUGUACGAGAUUCCAUUAUAUGACUGCAAAGAUCCACUGUGUUUCACUGUUUGAUUUGAAGCAUUCUUCUGAGUGAUUCAAAAGUUACACAUUAUGUGGACUCAAAAGCCUGUAAACCAAUGAGGAGUUGGAGAUUUUUUUCUUCUAUUUUCCCUCUAUUUUACCCAAAGUCCAUCAUCAUUUCAUAGCCCAGGAACGGACUUCCUACCAGACAGGGCAGGGAGUCGGGUCCCGUCCGAAUCGCCUCCCAGAAAGUUAGAAAUCUCAGGCCGAAACCUUUCGAGGUUCUAGAGCCAAGGAGCCAGCAGGAAGCAGGAAGAAGAAGAAGAAGGGUAGUUCACGACGAUCGUCCACUAAUGGUUUGGGGCAAUGAGUGCCGACACUUAACGAGAAAAAUGUCGAUCGAUUGAGCGAUCAUUUUCUCGCACGAUGGAAACCAUUUUAAGUUGUCCCACAUUGACUGUCACGUACUGUAGUGUAGGUAUUCAUUGUUAUGAUAUUCUGAUCUGGCGAAUCGUCUGAAGCCAGUAAUCACUGUGAGCGUAUCGAAUUUCGUUAGUAAAUUUAUUGAUCGAUCGAUAACCGAA